AUGCAGGCCAAACCAUCCGUACACCAACAAAGAAAUGCACUUUUAAACAUCCAGACCAGAGUGCCUCGAAACGUGCAGACUGGACCGCCUCAACACCUACAGGACGGACCGCCUCAACACAUCCAGGCUGAACCGCCUUGUGACAUGCAGGCCGGACCGCCUCAACACAUGCAGGCCGCAAAUGCAGACCAAACCACGUCGAGACACUCAGGCCGGACAACCCAUAGACAUGCAUCCAGGACCGCGUCGAGACACGCAGGCCGCACCGCCUCGAGACACGCAGGCCGCACCUCGUCGACACACGCAAGCCGCACCGCCUCGACACACACAGGCCGCACCGGCUCGAGACAUUCCCAGCAGACCACCAGACCAACUCUAGACAUACAGUGCAUACCGCCUCGAGACACGCAGGCCACCCCACCUCGACACUUCCAGGCCAGACCGCCUCGAGACAUGCAGGCCAAACCAUCCGUACACCAACAAAGGCCAGAAUGUCUCGAGACGUGCACACUGGACCGCCUCAACACCUACAGGACGGACCGCCUCAACACAUCCAGGCUGAACCGCCUCGUAACAUGCAGGCCGGACUGCCUCAACACAUGCAGCCCGCACAUGCAGACCAAACCACGUCGAGACACUCAGGCCGGACCACCCAUAGACAUGCAUCCAGGACCGCGUCGAGACACGCAGGCCGCACCGCCUCGAGACACGCUGGUCACACCGCCUCGAGACACGCAGGCCGCACCUCCUCGACACACGCAGGCCGCACCGCCUCGACACACGCAGGCCGCACCGCCUCGACACACGCAGGCCGCACCGCCUCGACACACGCAGGCCGCACCGCCUCGAGACAUUCCCACCAGACCACCAGAGCAACUCUAG